CUAGAAUUCUUUCCGUGACUCACAUGGGCGGCUUUUGAGAUAUCUCUCCUGAUUUUUCGACUUUUCGCCUGAUAUUGCGCCGAAAUUCGAGCAAAAAACCUAUUCAAUCAGUGAUGGCCGAUCCUAGGAUAAAGUCUCUCAAAAUUAAAUCUGGCAUCGUGAAGAGAAUCACAAAGGAAAAGGUGAUGUACGUCCAGGAGGCGGAGAAGCAAGACGAAAAAGUGCAGCAGAUGAAAGAGAAAAAGGACGACGAGUAUCACAUUCGCAAGCAAGAGGAAGUUCUGGCCGAGGCCCGGAUGAUGGUCCCUGAGUGCCACAAACGCCUUGUCAAAGCCUACGAAGACCUGAAAAACUUGGUCGACUGUGAAACAGACCUGAACGAAUUCCAGGAAUAUCAAGCAGCACUCAGCAUUCUCAGUGACGCCAAAGUGCAGCUCGAUGUUGCUAACUGAUAAAA